AUGAAGUGGUAGCAGCACGUGUUCAAUAGAAUUCAGACCUAAGAGUAGCAGGCAGCCGCCUCCAUUUUUCGGCUUGAGAAGCCGAAGAAGAAACCCAACUCAUGGGAGAUUUAACCAUGGCAACCAAAGCUGUGGAUUUUUUAUCCCCUACGCUCUCCAUCCCAAAGCACCUAAGCCCUAAAGCCCCACCUAGGAUUUCGGCUAUCAGAUGCUCUGCUACUUCGCUUGACGGUUCUCGCACGGGUUUGGUGGAAAAACCCUGGAAUAUAUACAAUGCUAGGCUUGUGCUGGAAGAUGGUUCAAUUUGGAGGGCCAAGUCAUUUGGUGCUCCAGGAACUCAAGUUGCCGAAUUGGUUUUCAACACAUCUUUGACAGGGUAUCAGGAAAUUCUUACUGAUCCUAGUUAUGCUGGCCAGUUUGUCCUAAUGACAACCCCCCAUAUUGGCAACACUGGUGUUAAUUAUGAUGAUGAAGAGUCCAGACAGUGCUUUCUUGCUGGUCUAGUGAUCAGAAGUUUAAGUAUCAGUACUUCAAAUUGGAGGACUACAAAAACACUUGGCGAUUACUUAGCCGAGAGAAACAUCAUGGGAAUUUAUGAUGUUGACACACGUGCAAUCACCCGCAGAUUAAGAGAAGAUGGAAGUCUUAUUGGUGUAUUGAGCACAGAAGAAUCCAAAGCAGAUGAAGAACUUAUAGAAAUGUCUCGUUCAUGGGAUAUUGUCGGUGUUGAUUUAAUAAGUGAUGUUUCCUGCAAUGCUCCUUACGAAUGGGUUGAUAAAACAAGGUCAGACUGGGAUUUUAAUUCUCAUGCAAGAGAUGGAGUGUCUUACCGUGUUGUUGCAUAUGAUUUUGGAAUCAAGCAUAAUAUACUCAGGCGACUAGCUUCUUAUGGAUGUAAAAUUACUGUUGUCCCAUCAACAUGGCCAGCAUCUGAAGUUCUGAAGAUGAACCCAGAUGGAGUUCUUUUCAGCAAUGGCCCAGGAGAUCCUUCUGCAGUUCCUUAUGCUGUCGAAACAGUCAAGGAAAUUGUGGGUAAGGUUCCUGUAUUUGGAAUUUGUAUGGGUCAUCAGUUACUUGGCCAGGCAUUGGGGGGUAAAACCUUCAAAAUGAAGUUUGGUCACCAUGGAGGAAAUCACCCAGUUCGCAAUAUCAGAAAUGGAAAUGUUGAGAUCAGCGCACAGAAUCACAACUUUGCUGUUGACCCUGGGUCACUUCCUGAGGGUGUUGAAGUAACUCACAUCAAUCUUAAUGAUGGAAGCUGUGCUGGCCUUGCUUACCCUGCACUCAGAAUCAUGUCUCUUCAAUACCACCCGGAAGCAUCCCCAGGACCUCAUGACUCUGAUGGCGCUUUUAUGGAAUUCAUAGAGCUUAUGAAGAAGUCUAAACAGAAGGCUUGAGCAAUAUCUACAAAAAGUUUGAUCAGAUGUUUGAACUUGGAUAUAAUUCAAACAGUGGUCUUUAGAGGUGUCUCUUCAGCAUACUUUUCCAGUGUAGUUGAUACGGGCAGGCUAAGAAAACGGAGCAUAUUACAGUCUAGUCAGUGAAUGGAGAUCCAUUCCAUUAUAUUUAACUACAAUCAAGUUGGACCGAUCUGUGUAAGCUUGAAUUAUUUUUAUCUGAAUGCAUCUUAGUUUUACUACCACUCCUCAUCCGGCAUUUGACUUUAAAUUCACAUAUUUAAAUACCCUGUUGAGAUUGAGCGUUGAGGAUGUCUGUCUGAACUCUAGUUUGUCUAUAAAAGAACUCCCUGGUUUUCUGAA